GGGAGCCAACUAACUGCAGUAUGUGUUCCGUCAACGGCCGACAAAAGCCCAGUCUGGCCGAUGAUGACUUAGCUCUCAGCGUUACAGGUGACUGGAGACAGCUGGGCGCGUCUGGAAGCCGAGAAGCGCAGCAGUCGGACCUGAAUCAGCGAGUGCGCUUUAAUGGAGCCUAGAAUCUGAGCUGCAGGUGAAUCCCCCGACCCGAGAGUUCCGUCCGAGAGCGGCGCGUCACCUGAAUGACGGGACAUGAGGCUGGGAAGCAACCCGGGAUGACGGGCAUAAAACGACUCCAGGUCACGAGAGCGGAAAAGCGCGUGCGAUGACGGACGGAGAAUAGGUAAAGCAGAGGAAAGUUGUCUGUCGCUCAGUGGGCUCCCGGUGCUGGAACAAAAACUAAAUGCAAAACCGAUGGGCCGAGUCUGAGUAAUCCUGUAAACAAACCAACGGGGGCAGGUUGACUUUACUUUACAGAAAACAAGGCGUGAGGUAGAAGGACCGCAAACAUGGAGCCGGAGGGCACCACAGAGGCAGCAGCCCCGAAUUUAGCUCAAUCUGCCGCAUCCAAACUGUCCCAGAUGGGCGAAAGAACUAAGCAACUGGGCAACGUGAUCCAGGAACCCACCCGGCAGAAGCGGAUUAUUCUGAUCAUAGUCUGUACCGCACUUUUGUUAGACAAUAUGCUUUACAUGGUAAUUGUGCCAAUUAUACCCGAUUACCUCGAAGGGCUACAGAACGCGGCGGACCGUGCGCAGGACGCCGCGUCGCACGCCAACUUCACUAACGGCACCGCUCACAAAGUGGCCAAGGGGAACUUCGACCUACAGAUCGGCGUUCUGUUCGCCUCCAAGGCCAUCCUGCAGCUCCUCGUCAACCCGCUGAGCGGCACCUUCAUAGACCGGGUCGGCUACGACAUCCCCCUCUUCAUCGGACUCAACGUCAUGUUCCUCUCCACGUUCAUCUUCGCCUUCGCCGAGAACUACUGGACGCUGUUCCUGGCGCGCAGCAUGCAGGGUCUCGGCUCGGCGUUCGCGGACACGUCGGGCAUCGCGCUGAUCGCGGACCGGUACACGGAGGAGGCGGAGAGGAGCAAGGCGCUGGGGGUCGCCCUGGCUUUUAUUUCGUUCGGAAGCCUGGUGGCGCCGCCCUUCGGAGGGAUUCUGUACGAGUUCGCCGGGAAGCGCGUGCCCUUCCUGAUCUUGGCCUGUAUCUGCUUCGCGGACGGCGUCCUGUGCCUGACUGUGUUAAAACCCUUCUCGAACAAAGAGAGGCAAAACAUGCCGGUGGGCACGCCCAUAUAUAAGCUGAUGAUUGACCCGUACAUAGCUGUAGUGGCCGGAGCUCUGACAAUCUGUAACAUCCCCCUGGCUUUCCUCGAGCCCACUAUCGCCAAAUGGAUGGAGGAGACCAUGCAUUCCAGUCAGUGGGAGAUUGGCAUGACAUGGUUCCCCGCCUUCUUCCCACAUGUUUUAGGCGUGUAUCUAACGGUCAAAUUGGCUGAAAAGUACCCGCAUCUCCAGUGGUUCUACGGAGCUAUAGGUAUGGUGUUCAUAGGCGCGAGCUCGUGCACGGUGCCGGCCUGUAAAAACUUCGGACAGCUCAUGAUUCCGUUGUGCGGGAUCUGCUUCGGCAUCGCCUUCGUUGACACGGCGCUCCUCCCCACGCUGGGUUUCCUGGUGGACGUGCGCCACGUGUCCGUGUACGGCAGCGUGUACGCUAUAGCAGACAUCUCCUACUGCGUGGCCUAUGCCCUGGGCCCCGUGGCGGCCGGACAGAUAGUGCACGACCUGGGCUUCGUCCAGCUCAACUUGGGCAUGGGCCUCGCCAACGUACUUUACGCACCCGCGCUGCUCCUGCUGAAGAACGUCACGCAGAUGAAGCCCUCUUUCUCCGAGAGGAACAUCCUCCUGGAGGAUGGUCCGACGGGACUGUACGACACCAUUAAGAUGGAGCAGCGCGAGAAGAAGAGGAAGGGCUUGUGCACCACGAUCGACGAGAACGGCAUCGAAACCUUUGCGCAACGCUCCUAUUCAGAAGACGAAUCCUCCGGCGGAGAGUACGCGUAAAAGACCUUUAACUGUGCAAACCUAUCAAAGUGCCAAUGUGGUAUUGUGUGCAUCCUGUCAGAUCCAAUCACUUGCAUAACACGUUUAGGAUUGUGUUACUACAACAGUAAUUUGCUGCUUUUGAUGACACUUCCUCCGGGUUUUGUGACAGCGGCUUAACGCUUUUUGCAGUGGAACGGUGCUCGUGGAAGAUAAGUUGAGUUAAGCGUGCGUUCAUUUACACUAUUAAUCACUGUAACAGAAACGGACCCAUGUUGUAUUCAGGGAUUAUGUGUAAAUGUAUUAUAACUGAAGAAAUACUGUGACGUCUUUCGAUGUAAUCUGAUUUUAUUUUGCCAUGAGUUGUGCUGCUAAACCCAAUAUGCAAUACUGUGUCCCGCGGCAGAUUUAGGAGGAAACAGCAAGCGAAAAUGAAUCUCUGCGUCUUGAUUGUCAAUCUUUAUUUUGGAUGAUGUACUUGUAGAAUGCAUUGCCGCACUGUAUGACUCGCGACUGUACAGACGUGUAUAUUCCUGUAUAUAAUUAAAUCAGUACAUGUGAAUGAAA